AUUCUACCAACUACCGUUGCCACAUCUUAAUGUUGACGUUUUGUUGAUUCGUAUAAAAUACACAGUUCUAAACACUAGUAAACGAAAGAAUUAUGGCACCCAAAACGUCGACAGCUACAAGUCGUCUGAAACAAGACUAUUUACGAAUAAAAAAAGAUCCAGUGCCAUAUGUAGUCGCUGAGCCAAAUCCGUCUAACAUAUUGGAAUGGUAUUAUGUAGUAAGUGGACCUGACGAUUCGCCGUACGCUGGUGGUCAUUAUUUGGGAAAGCUAGUUUUCCCAGAAGAUUUUCCAUUUAAGCCACCCAGCAUUUACAUGAUCACUACUAAUGGCAGGUUCAAAACAAACACUCGUCUGUGUUUGUCUAUAAGUGAUUACCAUCCAGACACAUGGAAUCCAGCAUGGAACGUAUCUACUGUACUCACUGGAUUGCUUAGCUUUAUGCUGGAAAAUCAAAGAACAGUGGGUAGUAUAGAUAUGACUGAUUAUGAGAGGCGGAUGUUGGCAGUUCGAAGCUUAGAGUCAAUUGUACGAGACGAACAUUUUUGUGAACUAUUUCCUGAACUUAACACGACAAUACAAAAAGAAAUUGAGAAACGAAAUUUGGCUAAAGCUAAAGAAGAGCAGUCAUCAAGUAUGGAUAGAUACCAUUCUGAAAACAAUUAUUUUCACCCUGUUGUUUACAAUAUUCUUAUGGUAGUCGCCUUUGCACUUUUCAUUUACUUGGUCAAAUUUGUUCUGUCUAACAUGAAAAUUGAGUGAAAUUUCCUACUCAUUCCCCUUAUUUAUAAAAAAUUAAAUUAAUUUUAAGUUUUAAAUAAAAUAUGAGUUUUAGUCA